UUGUACCAGAAACAGAUAGCAAUUCAAGAGAUCUGUUGGAAUCUACAGACGCUGUUAGUUUGGAAGACGAUUUGGCCCUGGACGUGGCUGACAGUGACUACACCCAACUCCAUGAAUCUAUCAACAACAGAUAUUAACACACGUCAAGCGCCUUUACCUUCACACUCGUUGCCAGCUAUCACAAGACAAACACGGAAAAGAAAAGAUAAUGACCUAGAAGCAUUCCUCGACAUCGAGAGAGAGAAGAUGAAAAUUCUUCGCCAGGAUCAAGAAGAUACUACUAAUGACGAUCUUCUUUGGUUCAAGUCCAUAUUACCUGAUAUAAAACAGUUACCGUCAAUGAACAAAUUACAUUUUAGAACGCAAAUGCAGGAGCUUCUACUAAUGGAGCUGUCAAAAUUAAAUCCACCACAACCCGGUUCUCGACAUGGAUAUUACACUUCUUUGUGA